CUUUAUUUCCAUUACUGCUCUCGAAAAAACCCUACGGCAUAAUUUAUAAUCUGCCGGUAUCUCAAUCUCAGUUUAAAAUCAAGUAAAUUCUUAAGUAGUUCACUAAUACCGGUUUUCAUUAAAGUGAAUGUUAAUUAAUUUUUCUUAGUUAUACAAAUUUUUAAGGCAGUGUUAGAAAGGUUAAGUUUCCACCAUGUCGAGGUUAUUUGCACGAAAAGUUUUCCGAAUGCAAGGCGAUUUAAAAACGUGCACACAUCUUGGUAUUGUUCCUGUUAGAAGAUUAAAUUUAUUGGAAUAUCAGAGCAAAGAACUACUUAAAGAUUGCGGUGUUUCGGUGCAAAAUUUCACUAUAGUUGAUAAAAUAAAUAAAACAAAUUCUGCACUGGAAAAAUUACAUUCUGAUGAAUAUGUUAUUAAGGCACAAGUUUUGGCUGGUGGUCGUGGAAAAGGAUGGUUUGAUAAUGGGUUUAAAGGUGGAGUUCACAUUACAAAAGAUCGUAGUAUUGUAGAAGACACAGUAAAAAAUAUGUUGGGUCAUCGUUUGAUAACAAAGCAGACAUCAAAGGAUGGGAUAUUAGUGCAGAAAGUUAUGAUAGCAGAAUCAGUGAACAUUGCUCGGGAGACAUACGUCUGCAUCUUAAUGGAUCGUCAAUAUAAUGGACCUGUUUUGAUAGCAUCUCCAUCGGGUGGUAUGGACAUAGAGGCAGUCGCUGAAAAAACACCGGAAUUAAUAAAAACCAAACCUCUUGAUAUUUAUUAUGGUAUAGACGAUGUAGUAGCAAAAGAAUUUGCUGAAUUCCUUGGUUUUAAGGAUAAAGAUAUCCUUGAAAAAGCAAUAUUUGAAUUGAAAAAUUUGUGGCGAUUAUUCGUUGAUAUUGAUGCUCUGCAAGUUGAAAUUAAUCCCUUGGUGGAAACCACUGAUAGACAAGUUGUUGCAGUCGAUGCAAAAAUAGCUUUUGAUGAUAAUGCCGAAUUUAGACAGAAGGAUAUUUUUGCCUUAGAAGAUGAUAAUGAAAAAGAUCCAAGAGAAGCGGAUGCAACGAAAUAUAAUUUGAAUUAUGUUGCUAUGGAUGGAAAUAUUGGAUGUUUAGUAAAUGGUGCCGGUUUAGCUAUGGCAACAAUGGAUAUAAUUAAAUUAAAUGGUGGUGAACCAGCGAAUUUCUUGGACGUUGGUGGUGGUGUAAAAGAGGAACAAGUCUAUCAAGCAUUCAGAAUUCUAACAGAAGAUCCCAAAGUAAAAGCCAUUCUUGUGAACGUUUUCGGUGGAAUUGUUAACUGUGCGACAAUAGCCAAAGGAAUUAUUUCAGCAACCAAAAACUUGGGUCUGAAAUUACCAUUGGUUGUGAGAUUAGAAGGUACAAAUGUAACAGAAGCAAAAAAAAUUCUGGCGGAUUCUGGUUUGCCAAUACUAACUGCAAAUGAUUUGGAUGAAGCUGCGAAGAAGGCAGUUAAUUCUAUUAAACAGUGAAUUUCUUCGUUACACAAUAUUUUUCCAAAGAAACUGGUUGAUUUCAGAACAUAUUUCACGAAAAGACAAAAGUAAUUUACGUAAGGACAUUUUUUUUCUACAUUGCUCAUGUUUAUAGACUGUUUUCUAUUUCUUGUUAUAUUCAACUCAAUUUUAUGGAUUUUAUAUAUCGACAUCUUCUAAUCAUAAAAUCCUAACAAAUGUCAAUGGCACAAUUCUUACUGAAAAAAUAAUGCAAUAUUUGUUUACUUUAUAUUGUACUUUUUUUCAGUAAAAAUUAUGUUACAUUAACUUUUGUACAAGCAUUUUAUGAACGAAAGGCGUCAAUAUUUUAUAGGUAUAUAUUAUUUGUUUUUCAACAUCUUGAAAAUUUAAUUACGUCAAAAUAUUGUUACAUGAAAGUUAUCUCACUUCUAGUUUUUGUUACUUAUUCAAAGAUCUUUUUAGUUAUUCAUUAUAUUUUUCUUAAAGGCAAUGAGUCUUAAUAUGAAAAUUACUUAAAACUUUUUAAUAAUCUAAAAUAUUCUAUGAACAACACAAUCAAUUUGUAAAUAAGAGACAAUAAUUAUAUAAAAAUGAAAUUAGCGACUUAUACUAAUAAUCCAGACUUAAUAACUAAAAAAGAAUUAAAAAUCAAGUCUGAAUAUUUUUCUAUAGAAUUCUAUUUUGAAAUAUAUAUACAAUACUGUUUAUUAAUUGACAAAAAUUAUUUUCUACGAUAUUCAAUGAGAUGUCGAUACUAGUAAUUAAUACUAGAAAUGCACUGUUAAUUAUAAUACACGACUAUAUAUUGUAUUUUAAAGACAAAAUAAUUCUGACGUUGUUUAACAUAAAAGUCAAAGAUUAACAUAGUUUAAUGAGAGCAAAAGUGAUAUAUACGUGAUACGAAGUAUCAAGUUUAUAAUUUUUUAAAUAAAAUUUUUAACUUUUACAGUGAA